AUGUUAGGAAGUGCGGCUGCUUUGCUUUUAGUUUGGAGGGAGUCCCUUUUUUGCAGAAGGUGGACGGACGUGCUCCCGGGAAGCAGCCGCCGGGGCCAGGGAGCAGGAUUUGGGUCCCCAUCCGGCAAACCUCUGUCCGCAAGUGGCGCAGGAGCUGCCGGGCGGGGAGGUGUUGGUAUGGCCAGCCCCCGGCCUCCCAAAUACCUCCUCGUCUUCGAUUUCGACGAGACCAUCAUCAACGAGAACAGCGAUGACUCCAUCGUCCGAGCAGCGCCGGGGCAGGCGCUUCCGGAGCACAUCCGACAGACCUUCCGCGAGGGCUUCUACAACGAGUACAUGCAGCGCGUCCUGGCGUACAUGGGGGACCAGGGAGUCAAGAUGGGCGACUUCAAGACUGUCUACGAGAACAUCCCCCUGUCCCCUGGCAUGCCGGACCUCUUCCAGUUCCUCUCCAAGAACCAUGAGCUCUUCGAGAUCAUCCUCAUCUCCGACGCCAACAUGUUCGGCAUCGAGUGCAAUCUGAGGGCAGCUGGUUUCUACUCCCUCUUCCGCAAGAUCUUCAGCAACCCGUCCAGCUUUGACAAGAAGGGGUACUUCACCCUGGGGCCCUACCACAGCCACAAGUGCCUUGACUGCCCGGCCAACAUGUGCAAACGCAAAAUCCUGACGGAGUACCUGGCCGAGAGAGCCCAGGAGGAGGUGGAGUUCGAGAGGGUCUUCUACGUGGGAGAUGGUGCCAAUGACUUCUGCCCUUCCGUGACUUUGACUUCCGCCGAUGUGGCUUUCCCGCGGAAGGGCUACCCCAUGCACCGCAUGACGCAAGAGAUGGAGAAGCAGCAGCCUGGAGCCUUCCAGGCCACUGUCGUCCCCUGGGAGUCGGCUGCAGAGGUCGCCCGCUAUCUCCAGGAGGUCCUCAAGAAGAAGUGUUGAGGAUGGCACGGAAGAGACUUGCGUACUAUAAGCGGCUGGGAAAGGAGAAGCCUGGGGGGAUCAC